AUGUCUAUUAGCUACAUAUCACGCGAGCGUUUCCAACUGGUACGAGACGAAGACGCUCACCGUAGGGCUGCCCUGGCGAUCACCAAGGCCCAGGGGUUAAUCAUCAUGGCAGGUGCCGGACUGGGGGCAGAUUCCGGGAUCCCCACCUACCGGACAAACGAGGAUUUCUGGAUAGCACAUCCGGAACUCAAGGAUAUCGGACGUGGAAUACCGGAGAUGAGUAACAGUGAGUUAUUUCGGGAGGAUCCUAGUUUGGCCUGGGGUUUCAUAGCCACUCGACUAAAGCUAUAUCGUUCUUCAGCUCCUCAUAAAGGAUACCUUCUUCUCAGAAAAUGGUCAGACGCCAUGGAAUGUGGCUACUUUGUCUUUACCAGUAAUGUAGACCGCCAUUUUAUCCGUGCUGGAUUCGCACCAGACAGAGUCGUAGAGAGGCAUGGUAGUUUAGAGUUCCUCCAGUGCCAGGAUGCAAGACAGAGCUCCGAGGUUUUGUCAACUCCGUCAGAUUUUGAUAUUCGUUUAGAUCCCGACAGCUUAAGAGCUUUCCCGCCAUUCCCGUCAGUACUGGUUCAGCGUUCCACAGAAAACUGCCAACAUCCCCCUCUGUUGGCGACGAAAAUUGUAAUAAAACAUAAAAGCGAUGCCACAGUGAGAAACUUUGCAGAAUGUCAACAUUGCGUUUCCACAACCCUGCCGGCUAGACCAAACAUCAGGCUGUUUAAUGACGAUCAUUGGAUAAGUGAACACAUUCUAGAUAUGGAGGGCAAAUUUCACCGAUUUGUAAAAGACAAUUUGGCGUGUCGGCUAAAAAAGUUUGUCGUGAUUGAAAUCGGAGUCGGUGUUACCGUCGACACUGUUAGACCUACUACUGACAAACUGGCUGAGAAUUACAAAGAUCUAUGCACACUGGUAAGGAUAAACCCAAUUGAGCCGGAAGUACCAGAUAAUAGGAAACAUAUUUCACUACGCAUGACUGCACUUGAGGCUUUGGAACAAAUUGACAAAUACAUCAAUGAAGCAAAUUUAAUUCCCGGUACCUCAUGA